AUGUCAUUUCAACCAUCGGUAGCAACAAACUGUCGGCUUGUGUAUAGUCCUGAUUGUAACAGCUCAUCUAAACAAAAUUGUGGCCUUCCGCAGAGCGGGACAAUUCAGGUAAUCAUAUAUUUAUGUAUACAUAUAUAUUUGUACAAUUUGUUUAGAAACAAAAAUUUUUUGACUCUUAUUCAUUUUAUUUCUAUUCCAGAAACUAAGUAAGGAAAACAAUGUUGAAACACUGACGGUAAGACAAUCGCAUUUAGUCAUUCUAUAUUAUGUAUAUGUGGACGAUGUAGUGCUGAAUACAUGUAUGUUUUUGUUACAACUAUAUUAUUCAUUUGUAUACAUAUUCUUAUCUAAUAUACUUUUAGUAUUCAGUGAUAUGAACUUUCCUAUAAAAAUGCAUUCCUCAUGCACACACAGUUUUUAUGAAAUUUGUGAUUUAUAUUAUAGGCCCCAUAUGUUUCUUAAGAAUUCGGCGUGGUCAUAUUACUUGCUUCCAGUAUCAUAUUUACUCCAAUAAACGUCCAAAUAAAAAUUAAUUUUUAACCAUCUCCAUGUAAUCCAAGGACAAUGAUCCGGAACAAAUCCGGACCAGAGGAUUAAUUUGAACACGAUCUUCUUUUGCGCCCGUACGCCACAUAAUGCCAGGAAGUAAUUGAGAAUAUAAAUGAUUGCAUUAUAAUAAAAUACCAAAACGCACGUCAUGUAAAGUGCAUGCUACAAUCACAAAAGAAAAUAAAAAUUUUGCAUUCGAAAAAUAAUCAUGCACCUCAGCCCACUGAGCCAAGCGAUCAUUUAUUUAUGCACUGAUAAAAACGAGUAAAAUAAAAUAUAUAGAACGAAAUCGACUGAACUUAAGUAGCCGGCAUAUUUUAUGUUUACAUUUUUGUUUUCGUUCACAAAAUUCUGGCAAGCGUCUAAUAUAAAACCAUAUCUUCUCAUAAUAAACAUAUUUGAUAUUUCAGAAGAUAAAAAAUAAGCAAAGACUUCCAAAGUUAUCUUUCAAGUCUGUAGCAAAAGUGCAGGGCAAACACUGCUGUUGUAAAAAAUGUCUGCCGGGUGGAGAGACUGGCCUUUCCAAAAGCGACAUCAUGGCUUGCAGAAAAGAAUUCUGGAAAUUGGAUGAGAAUGAGCAGUGGAACUACAUUUUGACUUUUUUUCACACGAAUGCCAUCAAGUCCUCCGGACGUCAGCAAAGACAUGAAAGCCUCCCAAUAUAUCUAGCUAAAUGGCAGGCAAAGCCAUCAGGAUUUAUAUCUCUGGUUAGCUUUCUCACAGAGAUAACUGCAUUAAUACUGUGUCUUAAUUAUUCAACAAAGGAGGUAGAAACUGCCCAGUGCCCACAGCAGGUAGAAUUCCCAUGCAUGCAAUAUUGUAUCUCAGACUAAAUGUGUUUAGUCAAUAAAUACCUUAUUAUUAUAUGUAUUUAACCUGAUUUCUUAGGUUUUUUACUUUGAAGAAUGACUUUGAAAAUGGGUGAAACACAUCAGAUACAGCAAAAGGGUUGUUUCGAAUGAGGUCUGACCAUUCGAUGGAUGUCGAGCUAUGGUUUGAAAAUUAUAGGGAUACUUUAGCUGAUAAAAUGCCCGAUAGCUGUUACUACCAUCUUCCUUCAUGUCAAACCAAAAAGACCGUAUAUACGACUUACGCGGAGGAGACAAAUAAAAACGGCAUGUACAAACCUCUAUCCCAUGCUCAAUUCUUGCGAAUGUGGAGGGAGAAAUUUAAAAGAGUGAUUAUUCCAAAGGUAACAUUACUCAAUAGGCCUGCGAAUCUGCUGUUGCAUGCACACCGUUAUUAUACAUAUGAACUUCAGUUGUCUUUACAGAUAGGUUCACUAUCUCUACACAGUUUUAACUAUAUGCAUAUAGAUCUAAUAAGUGCAGCGAGUGAUGCAGCAGGAAAUUAGAUUAACAAGCUAAGUCAAGCUCAAGCUAAAUGAAGCACGGGAGGUUUUCGUCACAAGUCUUUUCAUAAUCGAAGUUGUACUGACAUGCACUCACAUAAUACAUGCAUACAAAUGCAAUAUUUUCAGUCAUUGGAAUACAUAAAGACUAUUCCUGCUGGAAUCCCCCCCCCCCCCUGCACGCAAUCGGCAUGUUAUGAAUUUUAUUUUAUUUUUAAAUUUCAGACAAGCAGGUUUUCCAAGUGUGAAGUGUGUGUUUUGCUCAAAGAAAAGAGCAGAGCACAUCAGGAAAAUCAGAGCGUGCAUCUUGGCUGGAAAAGAAGCGUCUGCAUAUAGAACAACAAUGGUAGAUGAUAAACAAACAUGUGUGAAAAGAGCACAAUGUCAAUGGUUUUAAACAGUAUCCAGUUCCAGUCAAUAAAAUUUGAUACCUUUUCAAGUAUUUUUACCUGAAAACACUUUUUACGUAUUACCAACUGUGGAUAGAGGCCCAUUCCGCAAGUCCUUAAAUUAUUUAUAGCUAUUUUAAUUUCAUCUAUCAACAGGGAAGAAAGAAAAAAAUAUUACCGCCACGUAAAGAAAAGCAUUUCAAAUCCAAAGAAAUAUUUAAGUCUUAUUGUGGACGGAAUGGACCAAGGAAAAACCCAUCUUCCACAUUACCUCCAAAAGUGGAAGGUAUAACUUAUUUCCUCUAUCUAUAGCCUCCAGCCAGCCUAGAUGUAUAGGACCUCCUCUACUGACUACUCGGUUGGCUUUGGCAGGUUCGGUAAAUUUUGAUGUAACAUUUGGGCACGUUUGUUUCAUUUCACAGGUGACGUCAUACUAUCAGAUGCAAAGCCCAAAUUUACCAAACCUGCCAAAGACAUCCAAGUAAGAUGCCUAUAGAGUAUAGGUCUAGUCGGGCUUAGAAACGGGGUAUAACAAUACGGAGGAAAUGUCGCAGAGGAUGGGGUGCCCUGGCAAAAAAUUUAUCAGGUUGGUCUUCACAUGGGACUCAUGUCCUGUUGACCAUACCUUCAAUCAUUGUUAUAAAUAAAUAAAUAAAUGUUUAGCCUACAACUCUUCUACGUAUCCAGUUCAAAACAGCCAGAAAAAUAAGUAAAAAUAAGUUGUAUAGCGUAUCAUUUGCAUGCACUGUCAUACUGUAAUUAUCUGGAUUUUUGGUAGAUCGAGAAAGGAAGCUCAGGUUUUCUCCCAAUGUACAUAACUGGUGUACUUGCCCAUGGACAAGACCUAAAAUUCUGCUUUGUUGAUUUGUUGAAAUGGCCUGCGGAUGCAAACACAACAUUUAAUGUUAUACUGGCAGUAUUGAAAUUCAUAAAAGAAAAGGUAUAGAAAAGAAAGUUUAUUUAAUAAUUGUUUUAAUUGGAAUUUUAAAAUGAGGCGCAAAUUUGAUGGAAUUAAGGAAAAGCUAUACAGCAAAAGUAAAAGUAUAGUGUUAAAAAAAUUCACCAUUCUUAAUAUAGAUUGGUGUGUCACCUCCAGUACUGUAUUUGCAGAUGGAUAAUUGCUUCCAAGACUGCAAAAACAUUUAUAUAUUUGGUUUCUGUGCUCUUCUUGUGAAAAUGGGUGUGUUUAGAAAGGUGCAGUAAAAUAAAUAACGAUGUGCUAUAUUAUUACCGUAUAAAGCAUUCUCAUGAACGAUCAGCAUUUGUUGAAAAAGUUACCCCCAAAUUGUCAUAAAAACGAUUGUUCUUAUUAAUAUUAUAAUUAAAACUAUAAAACAAGAUAAACCAAGUAUACUUAAACCAGUAAUAAAGUAUCAUUGCACUAGAUAUACCAAAUGGCUAACAAACAAAACAGGCACGUACAUGUGCAACUUUUAAAAUUAUCACAUGAUUAUAUUGACUAUAUUUCAGGUUAAAUUGUCCUACUUAAUGGUCGGUCAUACACAUGAGGAUGUUGACCAGGUAUGAUGGUGGACAUUUAGUUGAUAAAUGUGAUGAUGAACAUCAUACACAUAACGAAAAACAUUCUCAAUGAUCUCCUUAUGUCUUUAGAUGUUCAGUAGUAUAUCCGCCACGUUAGGAAGACAGUCCGCUCAUACACUGCAAUCCCAUGCGUCUUUUACACCAGAUCCAAUUACUGCAGACCUUUCUACUAUAUGGGAUGUGAAGUCAUGGUUACAACCGUAUAAUCCAGCGCUAAAAAAACAUUCCCGUCACCAUUCCUUCAGAUUUCAGAAAGGCAAGGGCAAAUAUGCUGAGCACAUCGAAAUGUGUUACCGCAAUUGGUCCAAAUGUAAGUGGAAGGAAUGGCCACCAACCAAACCAGAAGACAUAAUUCGUACCCUUGAUGUUGUACCAACUGGAUCCCCAUCCAUAUUGCGACCAGUGUAUAGCAAGUGUCCCAGCGUUGAUGAUAUGAGGUCUGGGGAUUACAGCAAUUCAGCUCCAGACUUUCUGUUGACGAAUCGAAUUGGUUGCUAA